AUGUCUAUAUUAGACGAAGAGAUACAAGAUGUAAUGACGUGUCUAAGUCAGGACUCCUGGAAAGCGAAUAUGUCAAGCCCAUAUUAUCCACUUCGUUUGGAGCUAUCUAUAGUUGGUGAUAUCCUAUUAUGGGGAACUAAAUUAGUAAUCCCACGAAAGUUGCGAGAAAUAAUUCUGGGCCUCGCACAUGAAGGACAUCCAGGAAUAAGUGCAAUGAAACGGAGAUUACGCUCCAAAGUUUGGUGGCCUUGUGUGGACAAAGAUGCUGAAAAAUACGUCAAGACUUGUCAAGAUUGCCUUAUAGUGUCAAUCCCACCAAAACCAGCUCCGAUGGAGAUGCACCCUUUCCCAAAUGGACUCUGGAAAUGCUUAGCAGUCGAUAUUUUGGGUCCUUUACCUAAUGGGGAUAACAUAUUGGUACUAAUUGAAUACUACUCCAGAUAUAUGGAGUUCAAAGUGAUUAAGUCAAUAACAUCUAAAACCAUUAUUGAUGAAAUGGAAGAGAUAUUUUCAAGAUUGGUAUUUCCAGAGACACUAACGUCUGACAAUGGAAGGCAAUUCGUAAGCGUUGAGUUUAAAAGUUUUUGCAGUACCCACGGCAUUCGACUAAUGACCACGCCCCCGUACUGGCCUCAGGCUAAUGGCGAAGUAGGAAAUAUGAACAGGUCCCUAGUGAAACGUUUAAAGAUAGCUCAUGCAAACAACGACAACUACAAGAAGGAAAUUCAGAAGUUCGUUUUGAUGUACAAUGUUACUCCGCAUGGUACCACGGGCGCUCCACCGACAGAACUAAUGUUUAACAGAGUUAUAAGAGACAAAAUUCCCUUCAUUCAGCACCUUGUGGGGGAAAUGGCAGACUCAGAAGAGAAAAAUAAGGAUAUGCGAGAAAAAGAUAAAGGGAAACAGUUGACUGACAAGGCCAGGAGUGCGGGAAAUGUUGACAUUCAUGUUGGAGAUACAGUACUCUUAAAGAAUGUAAUAUUUCCACAUAAGUUGACACCCACAUUUGAUACUACCACGUAUAAGGUAGUAAAGCGAGAAGGAAAUGUUGUGCAGAUUUCCGCUGGUGGUAAAACAUACACCAGGGAUGUUGGUCAUUUGAAAAAGGUUGUAACCACAAACCCAUUGCGUCCUGCAGCGCCAGUUUUCUUCGAUGCCGAGUCUUUUUCCCGAACUACCUCAACAUCUGAGGAUCAGCAGAAGCUAAGCGAGAACCUCAAACUACGUCUGGAGAAGAAGGAAGGAAUGUGGAGAUCUGUACCUGUUAAAGAAAGUGACAAUACGCUCCCAUAA